GCCUGCCCGCCCUCUCUUUUCCUGUAGGGCGGGUGAAGCCACUUCCGGCCGCCAUCUUGGCAGCGGCGGCGCUGAGGCUGCGCGGCUCGCCGGGCGCCAUCUUUGAGCCGGGCACCGGCGACACGGCGGCGGCGGAUCGCGGCGGAUCGCGGCGAACGGCGGCGCGGCGGCCCCCGGGGGCUCGGUAAAACUCCCUGAGCGACCGUAAAUAAAAGCGCUUCGGAGCCCCGCGGCGGCGGCUGGGAGGGGGACACGGCGGGGACUCGGCUGGGCGAGGGUGGCGCCGCUUCCUCCGCAAGGCCGCGCGUCCCCCGCGCUGCCCCCACAGCGGGGACGAGCGGGAUAAAUUGGGAUAAAUUUGAAUAAAUCGGGAUAAAAUUUGAUUAAUAAAGUGAAAUUAGUGGGAUGAGGUGGAAUUAGCGGGAUUAAAAUCGGUUGUCGGUGGGUUUUGUACCCCCGGGGGUUUGGUUGGAAGAGCAGCGCGCCCGGUGUAACCCCGAGGUUUUUCCCCUCAGCGCUCAUCCCCUCACAAAAUUCGUUUUUUCAGCAGAAAUGUUUCCUAAUUUUCCUCAUUUUCAGCUUAAAAUGCCUUCCUCCUUGUUGUAUCAACGCGUCUGAGGGGUAUUUCUAAUAUAGUCACCAAAUUUCUCCUCAUUUCCCUAAAGGAACUUCAGGACCGGGCUGAAAUCUUCCCUGAGGUUGUUAAAAAAAAACCAACAAAAUUCGAAUUUUUCGGGUAUUUUCUUGUUUUUUUUAAAGGUUGGAGCUGUGAGAUUUCUGCUUUCUGACGUCGUUUUUGGUACAGAAACACCAAAAUGUGAUUUUUUUUGUUGUUGUUGUUGUUGAGCGUCCAGGUGAUUCCCAGAAUUGCACUCAGGGUCGUGCAUAUCCUAAAUAAAAGCUUAAAUAUUUUGGUGUAAAAAAAAAUUAGAAUUCAAUAAAAAAGGAAGUUUUAAAAAAGUAGAAUUAAAUAAAAAGGGAAUAAAGGAUUGAAUUUGGGCACAGCUGAAGCAGAGCAGGAGGAAUUUUCCAGGUAAAACUUCCUGGUGGUGGCAUUUUUCCAAGGUGAAAUCCAGGGGAAAAUCCGAUUUUUUUAAAAUUUUUUUUUUGGAAAAUCGAAUAUUUUUGGUAUUUAAGAAAGUAUUCCCAUGAUGGGGAGGAAUUGUCACAACAAAUCGUUGCCAGGCCUUGGGGUUGAGCACAAAAAUAGAGAAAACAAAAAGAAAAUAAAUUUUAUUUGAUUAUUCUUGUUUUAUUCCAGAGAGGCUGUAGCAGCUUCCCUUGGUUUGGAGUUGAUUCAUGAGGAGGAAAAGCUGGAGGAGAGAGGAAAAAAAAAGGUUUAAAAAUGGGUUAAAAAGUUGAAUUUUUGGUGCUUUUCCUUCUUCUUUCACCUGAUAAAUCAUCAGGAAUUUAAGGCACAAAUUUGGGGGUUUGAAAUCCAAGAAUUCCUCACAGGAAAAUCCUUUAUUUUCCCUUUAAAAAUUUAAAUUUUCCCUUUAAAAACAAAAAGGUUGUGUUGGUUUUUGGCCUGGCUUUUGCUGACCCUCAAGUCCUGAUUUCCAAAAAAAUUUUAAUUUUUUUUUUUUUUUAGAAAUAAUCGGUUUAAAAAAUAUUUUACCAGAAAAAUUUUAAUGGAAUUUUGGACAAAAAAUUGUUUAAAAUUCUCAUUAACUUGAAUUCAUUUGAGACCUGCUGAGUGCACCAGAAUUACUCAUUUUUAUUCAAUUUUUUUUUGAUUGCCACCUUGACACCAGUUUAAAAUUAAACCAAGAAAAAAAAUAUUUUAAUGAACCUUUUAAUAAUUAAAUUUUCUUGAUGAACUUUAGAACUUGGAGGGGGUUUGGGGGGGAGGUUUGGUUGAUUUUUUUUCUGUUGUUUUGUUGAUUUUCAAGGUUUUAUUCCAAUUAUUUAAGCGAAAUUGAGACUCUGAACUGAAAUAUGGAAAAUUAUGAGAGGCAAAAAGCUGAUUGAAUUUCUCAGUUAAAUUCAAUUAAAUCCCUGAAUUAAAUCUCCAGGGAUUUUCUUCCCCCUAAAGGUGCUGGAUGUAGGAAAAUGUUGCAUUUUUAAGUGUGAAAAUUCAAUUUUCCAGCCUGGUUUGGGUUGAAAUUCCUGCUUUUAUCACCCCUCAUUCAGCAAAUUCAGCCUUGAAAUUUCAAUUUAACUCCCAAGAAUAUUGGGGGGAAAACCCUGAGAAAAAGAAGAAAAUUUCCAGGAAUUUUUAGGAGUAAAUUCCCCUGGAAAAUCUGAUUUUUAAAGUCCAAAAAUGCAUUUAAAUCCUGUUUUAUUCCCUUUGUCAAGCAGCCAAAAAAAAAACCCCUCAAUAAUUAAUAUGAAAACCCAACUUUUCCUCUCUUUAUUUUAGAUUUGGGAAAAUUCUCUGACCAAAACAAAACAAAAAAAAAUCCUGAGAAAAUUGAAAAUUUUGUUUGUGUGAGUAAAAGGUUCAAACUGUUUCUUCUUAAGGUGUAAAUAAAAAUUUCACUGAAUUUUGUCCUCCCCAAAGAGUGAAAAAUCCUUUGCACAGAAAUAUCAGAAGGGUAAAAUUAACUUUUAUUUGCAUUUUAGCUGGUUUGGUUACAAGGUUGUGUGGAAAAGAGCCCUAAAAAUCAGAUUUUUUAGAAGACUAUCCAAAAGAAAAGCGUGAUUCAUGUGAAAAAAAAUCAAUUUUUGGUGGCACCAAAACCCCCAAUCAGCUGCUGGGACGAGCUAAUGAUGGAUGAAUGGAUUAGGCAACAACACAAAUGGCAAAAUUGGAAUAUUUGAUGGAAAAACUCAACAAAUUCCUGCCAAAAAUCCCCCAAAAAAUUCAGAUUUUCCUUGGUUGAGGGAUGGGGGUGGAUGUGUUUGUCCCUGUGCUGUCCCCAUGUCCCCAAAUCCCCUCUCACCCCAUCAAAAAUCCCUCAAAUAAUCUAAUUUUUCCCCCCCUUCAAUGAGAGAUUCAUGUGGGAAAUGGGCCCAAAAUUUGAAUUUUUUGCUGUUUUUUCUCCUUGUUCUGCCGUCCCUCCCUCUGGUGACGUGUGUAUAAACGCAUUUCUGGGUUUAUACACACAAAUUUGGGGUUGUUUUUUAUUUUUUUUUUAUUGUACAGGUCAUAAAGGACGGGGGAAGGUUUUUGUGUUUUCUUAAUAGGUGAAGAAAUCUCAGAAGACCCGAAAUUGCAACUUACUGAAUUAAAUAAUUAAAAAAAACAAUUUAAAAAAAAUUAUAAAUUUCCCCAGCUGUGGAAGAUGGAGCCUCAUUUUUGCAGCCACUUUGAAUCCUGAGUUCAUCUUAAAAAAAAAAGCAGCUGGGGCGCUUUUUUUAUAUUUUUUUGUUUGUUUUUUUAAUUUUUUUUUUUUUACUGGAAGAGCUAAAAUAUCCCUGGCUGUCUCCAGUGUGCCAGAUUUGCAAUGGACUCAAUUCCUCCAUUAAUUAUCAGAUUGUUCUGAGAGCACCUCAGAGUUUUGGAAUUGUUGGCUGAGAGGUUCCCUUGGAAUUGUCAGGAGGAAAAAUCACAAAAAAAAAAAAAAAAAAACCCAAAAAAAAAGGCAAAAUUCAAAUUUUUUUCUGCCCCUUUGUUAUUCAUUGACGGAAUCCUUCGGCCUACAGGAGAGGGGAACUGCAUGGCUGGGAAGAGCCAAGGCUGGGCUCAGCGGGGCCAGGGUCACUUUUAAAAAGAAGCUGUCACAGCUAAGGCAGAGAAGCAGUUCUGGAGGAAGGGAGGAGCAAAGCCUGAGCAAGCCGUGAGGAUCCCUCAGCAUGUCCAGCCAGGGGGAUGACUGCUACUUCUACUUCUACUCCACCUGCAACAAGGGCGAUUCCUGCUCCUUCCGGCACUGCGAGGCCGCCCUGGGCAGCGAGACUGUCUGCACGCUGUGGCAGGAGGGGAGAUGCUUCAGGAACAUCUGCAGGUUCAGGCACAUGGAAAUCGAUAAAAAGAGGAGUGAGAUCGCCUGUUACUGGGAGAACCAGCCCGGGGGCUGCCAGAAGCACAACUGCGCCUUCCACCACGCCAAGGGCCGCUACGUGGACGGGCUCUUCCUGCCCCCCAGCAAGACCACCCUGCCAAGCCCCCCUGAGGCUGCAGAGGACGAGGUGAAGCUGGUGCAGCUGCAGCAGAACAAACUCUCCGUCCAGUCCAACCCCUCCCCACAGCUCAGGGGGGUGAUGAAAGUGGAAAAUUCGGAGAAUGUUCCCAGUCCCACCCAUCCCCCUGUGGUCAUCAACGCUGCAGAUGAUGAUGAAGAUGAUGAUGACCAGCUUUCUGAAGAAGGAGAAGAAACCAAGACCCCAGUGCAGCCCCCAGCCACAGAAACCCACAAUGGGCUGAGGGUGAUUUCCACCAGGAAAUCCAAUCCCACUGCAAAGCAAGAUGACAACUUAAAUUUUGGAAUAAAAACCUUGGAAGAGAUCAAACUGAAGAAACUCAAGGAAAAAGCCAAAAAACAAGGUGAAGGUCCUUCAGGAGUGGCUGUGGAGCCUCUCCAAGCCCGGAGCAUUCCCGUGCCAGAGAAGGAAAACGUCCGGACCGUGCUGAGAACUGUGACCCUCUCCUCCAAGGAAGGGGAGGACCCUGUGAUCCAGCUGAACCUUCCUGACAGACUGGGAAAAAGGAAAACCCUCAUGGGUGGGAAAACUUUCCUGCCCCUGAGGAGGAGCGUUGCUGACAGGCUGGGGAGGAAGGCAGAGCUGCAGGAAAAUGCUGAAAAGGCCCCAAAAAGAGGCACAGUUCAAGUCCUGAAGUCCCUGAAGGAGAGGCUGGGGCUGCCCUCUGAGCAGAGCAGCACUGAGACAGACAAAGCUGCCAAGCCCAUCGAGGAGAUCCGGGUGAAAACCCUGGAGGAAAUCCGCCUGGAAAGGGCCAGCCAGAGGAGAGGGGAACCUCCAGCCAAAAUCCCAGCAGAAGGAAGGAAAACGGAAGAUCCCAAUUUAGGAGCAAGACCCUCCCUUGCUGCCCGCACCAAAUCCCUGGCGGGAGCCCUGGUGGAGAAAAACCACAAAAGUUUGGGAGAGGAGAAGGAAAAAAACGAGGAAUUCAACAGCAGGGCCAAAAGUGAGGCUGAAGGCAGGAGACAGAACAUUCCUGCUCCAGCUGUGGCAGGCAGGGUGCAGCUGGCAGAGCCUGGCAGAGCCAGGGCAGCUGGAGAAGUUCGGAUCAAAACCUUGGAGGAGAUCAAGAGGGAGAAGGCGCUGAGGAUGCAGCAGAGCGGGGAGAACGUUCCUGCUCCUGCUGCUGCUCCUGCUGCUGCUGCCCCGGCCGAGGCUGCCCUGAGGGGCAGGAGGCUGCUGAGGGUCACCAAGCUCCUGGCACCCGGAAGAGAAGAAAAGAUGAUCGUAGAGCUGAACAAACCUUCCCCCAAAAGUGGCUCUGCAGCUGCUGAGAAUUCAGGGAAUUCUGGAGUUCAGGUGAAAAGCCUGGAGGAAAUCAUGUGGGAGAAACGGCAGCAGGAGAAACUGCAGCAGGGACCUGGGACAGUUCCAGCUGGGAACCUGGAGAGGAACCAGGAGAGGAGCCCAGAGAAGAACCAGGAGAGAAAUCAGGAGAGAAAUCAGGAGAAGAUCCAGAGGAUCCAGGAGAGGAACCAGGAGAACCAAGAGAGGAACCAGAAAAACCAGGAGAGGAGCCCAGAGAAGAACCACGAGAAAAACCAGGAGAGGAAUCUGAGGAACCAGGGGAGAAACCAGGACAGGAACCAGAGGAACCAGGAGGAGAACCAGGAGAGAAACCUGAGGAUCCAGGAGAGGAACCAGAGGAACCUGGAGAGAAACCAGGAGAAGAACCAGAAAAACCAGGAGAGGAACCUGAGGAGCCAGGAGAGGAACGAGGAGAAGAACCAGGAGAAGAACCUGAGGAUGAUCCAGGAGAGGAACCAGGAGAAGCCCCCGGGCUCAGGGAGCCCCGAGGCCACAGUGGGGCCAGCCCAGCUGGGCAGGAGGAGAGGGGGCAGAUCCCAGGAGGACGUUGGGACAAACCCCGAGAGGGACCUGGGCAAAAAGGGAGCUCAGCUGCCCGAGAGGAGAGGCAGAGCCAAAUCCAGGGUGUGCCUGAAGCCUGUGGAUGCCAGAGCCCCUCCCAAGCAGCCCCUGAAGAGGAAGGUCCCCGAGGGCCACCCCCCUGCUGUGGUGGCAGUGAAGCCACUCAGUGCCACCAGCGGGGACACCCCGGAGCCCCCAGCCAAGGUGGUUCCCAGCCCCGAGGGCUCCUGGCCUCGGAGGGACAAUUCCCAGAGCAGUCCCCAGCCUGGCAGCCAGGGGCAUUCCCUGGCACAGGCAGAGGUGUCGGGAUCCUCUUCCUCCUCCUCCUCCUCCUCGUCCCUGGAGGCGCCGCUGAAGCUGCGGCGCCUGAGCUCGGCCGGCGCCGCCAAAGCCGCGCUCUCGGUGGAGGACGACUUCGAGAAACUCAUCUGGGAAAUCUCCGGGGGAAAACUGGAGGCAGAAAUCGACCUGGAUCCAGGCAAGGACGAGGAUGAUCUCCUGCUGGAACUCUCCGAGAUGAUCGACAGCUGAAAGUGAAGGAUUUUAUGGGGAAAAAAGAUAAAAGAGGGCAAAAAAGACUCGACGCCAAAAAAAAAAACUAAAAAAUAUCAAAAUUUCCUCCUGGCAUCCCGAAGAAACGCUGGAAAUGCUGUUGGAUCCGUGCAGGAGAUGCUUUCCCAGCUGGAUUGUUGGUGGGAAUAGGCAGAGUCUGCUCUCAGUUAUCCCAAAAUUCCUGAUUGGGUUUGUCCCACAUGGGACGGAGCACUUGGAAUUCCCUGGGGGGACAACACAGAUCCCAUGGCAGAGCUCCCUCCUGGACAGAAAAACCCCCAAAAAAUCCCUGGAGUUACUGUGUCAACUCUGGAAUCCACGAUGGACUCGGAAUUGGGGGGAAUUCAGGGGUGGAAAAACAGCAGGAGGAAUUCUGGACCAAACCCUGCCAGGGUGAGCCUGGCUCCGAACGAUCCGAGGGGGAGAUUUUUUUUCCUGGAAUUUUGGGAUGGUGGAAAAAUCAAAAUUCCUCCUGGAAUUUGGGAAAAGGAGCAUUGCUUCAAGUGCCUCUGGAUUUUGAGGAUUUUUCCCUGUAAUGAACCUCCCACAUCCAGCUGGGAUCGUUGUGGGAGGGAAAAAAACCCAAAAAACCACCAAAAAAAACCAAAAACCACCUGGAAUAUUCCCCCCUUGGCUGCUUCCCUCUUGUCCAACCUAUUUUGGAGAUGGGAUUGAGAGGAAUCCCCGUGGAUUUAUUUUUAUUUUUCAUUUUGUUAAUUUUGAUUUUGUUUUUUUUUUUUUUUUGUCCUGUAAAUAUUUUAUUCUUCCAUUUUAUAUUUGUAUGAUUCUAUUUAAGGGAUUAAAGGUAGGCUGCUCAA